GGGGCUUGCUGCUGCUGCCGCCGCCGCCGCUGCAGCUGGACGCGGGGGAAGUGUGCACUAUGCCUUUAACGCCUGGGCACAGUAGACAUGUCUAGCGUGUAGUGUAGGGAAACUCUAGGCGGGGUUAAAGUUCAGCUCAUGGAGCUGAUCAGCGCUGGCUGCAGUUUAGCAGAGUUGGAAAUGUGAAAGCCAGAAGCAGGCUCGAUUCUCCCCCCUCUUUCUUUUUUCUCUCUCUCUUCUCUUUCUGUCCCUCCCUCCCUCCCUUCCUCUCUCUCCCUCUCACUCACACACCUCCAAGCCACAAAACCCCCCACAGCAAUCAUGUAUUCUCCUCUCUGUCUCACCCAGGAUGAAUUUCAUCCUUUCAUUGAAGCACUUCUCCCCCAUGUCCGAGCAUUUGCAUAUACGUGGUUCAACCUACAAGCUCGAAAGCGAAAAUACUUCAAAAAACAUGAGAAACGCAUGUCAAAAGAGGAAGAGAGAGCUGUGAAGGAUGAAUUGCUAAGUGAAAAACCUGAGGUCAAACAAAAAUGGGCAUCCAGGCUUCUUGCAAAGUUACGGAAAGACAUCAGGCCUGAGUAUCGGGAGGAUUUUGUUCUAACUGUCACGGGGAAAAAACCUCCAUGUUGUGUCCUUUCCAAUCCAGACCAGAAGGGCAAGAUGAGAAGAAUUGACUGCUUACGGCAGGCAGAUAAGGUCUGGAGACUGGACCUUGUCAUGGUGAUUUUAUUUAAAGGUAUUCCGCUUGAAAGUACUGAUGGCGAACGCCUUGUAAAAUCCCCACAGUGCUCAAACCCAGGGCUGUGUGUACAGCCGCAUCAUAUAGGGGUUUCUGUUAAGGAACUCGAUUUAUAUUUGGCAUACUUUGUGCACGCAGCAGAUUCAAGUCAGUCUGAAAGUCCAAGCCAGCCAAGUGAUGCUGAUAUUAAGGACCAGCCAGAAAAUGGACAUUUGGGCUUCCAAGACAGUUUUGUCACAUCAGGUGUUUUCAGUGUGACUGAGCUAGUAAGGGUCUCACAGACACCAAUAGCUGCAGGAACAGGCCCUAAUUUCUCACUCUCAGAUUUGGAAAGUUCCUCAUACUAUAGCAUGAGCCCAGGAGCAAUGAGGAGAUCUUUACCAAGCACCUCCUCUACCAGCUCUACAAAGCGUCUCAAAUCUGUAGAGGAUGAAAUGGACAGUCCUGGAGAAGAGUCGUUUUAUACAAGCCAAGGGCGGUCUCCAGGAAGUGGCAGUCAGUCAAGUGGAUGGCAUGAAGUAGAGCCAGGAAUGCCAUCACCAACUACAUUAAAGAAGUCAGAGAAGUCUGGUUUCAGCAGUCCCUCGCCUUCGCAGACCUCCUCCCUUGGAACAGCAUUCACACAGCAUCAUCGACCUGUCAUUACAGGACCGAGAGCAAGUCCACAUGCAACACCAUCGACUCUUCAUUUUCCAACAUCACCCAUUAUUCAGCAGCCUGGGCCAUACUUCUCACACCCAGCAAUCCGCUAUCAUCCUCAGGAGACUCUGAAAGAGUUUGUCCAACUUGUCUGCCCCGAUGCUGGUCAGCAGGCUGGACAGGUGGGGUUCCUCAAUCCCAAUGGUAGCAGCCAAGGCAAGGUGCACAAUCCAUUCCUUCCUACCCCAAUGUUGCCACCACCACCUCCACCACCAAUGGCCAGGCCUGUGCCUUUGCCAGUGCCAGACACAAAGCCUCCAACCACGUCGACAGAAGGAGGUGCCACCUCUCCCACUUCACCAACCUACUCGACACCCAGCACCUCCCCUGCAAACCGAUUCGUCAGUGUUGGACCACGGGAUCCAAGCUUUGUAAAUAUCCCUCAACAGACACAGUCCUGGUACCUGGGAUAAAACUCAUAGCUUCCCACCAUCCACCAGACAGACCACCUGACCCCUUCCCGACUCUAUAACAAGGAAGCAGCAGCAACACAGCGCAGUUACUUCACAUCUAUGGAAGGGGAGAAGAACAGAUAUCAACAGCAAACUGAUCACACUCAGAAAUGGCAAAGUUAUGGUUGAUUGACAAAGGCCGUAACAUGGGGGGGAGUAGGGGAUUUUUUUAAAAAAAAACACCUUAGUGACUGAUGUAAUUUCUCAUAUGGUGCUGGAAAUGUUUGGGCUUCAUAAUUUUUGAAGUGUUUCAAUUGGUAGUGUAAGCAUUAGGGACAUCAGGUAGUAGAGCUAGCCUGCUGGCUGCUUACUGACUUGCUGUUAUAACACUUUCCAUAUGUCGCUUGGUUGUUUUACAGUAUUUUCAUUGAUUUAUUUCCCAUACCGGUGUGAAACUUCUUGCGAGAUCAUGACAAACAGACUUAAGUGAUAAGUUUUGUAGUAGCUAAAUUCUGCGACAUAGAGUUUACAGGACAGACAUGAGACAUGUUUUUCCGUAUCAUAUCAGGAUUUUUUAAAAUUUUACAGUCAGCAGUUAGAUAUGUAACAUGAAUCAUAAGAGCAUUAUCAACAGGUUGAUUUUUACUCAAGUUGCAGAGAAAUAUACAACCUCAAUGUACUGCUGUUCAGAAAAAAAGAAAAAGGUUUAAAAUGCUGCACUUACAUAAUACUUUAGAUGAUUUUCAACAAUUACAUAAAAUUCACACGGAAAUGGGGAAGUUGGUCUGUUUUGAAAGAAACUGACAGGAAUCAAUCAAAACAAUCGAAUUUUGAAUUGAGAAAAGUGCAAUUUCAUUGGAUAGCUAAAUAUCUUUGUAAGAUAGAGAUUGUUGAAAAUUCUAUUUUUGUUUUCCAAGUCCUACCACCCCAGGACUCUAAAUUAUCGGGGUAAAAAACAGCCUUGCAAGAAAAAAGGGGGAGCUAUUUUUGCUUUUUAUGUUUUUUAUUGUUAAACUUGUAUCCCUUUAAAACUGAAGGAAAUUUUAAAAAAUACAAAAAUUAAUGGUGCUUUUAUCACAAUAUGUUAUCUACAUUAAAUGCUAAUUAAUCAUUUUCUGUUAUCAAAGCACAUAAUUAAAAUUAAAUCAUAAUACCUGUUAAUUUUAUAAGCUAAAAGUCACUAUAAUAGAUUAUGCCAAUUCUAACAAACUUUAUGUGUUUCCGGCAAUAUAGGAUAUAUCACUUCUCAAAAUACCUUGGCCACAACUCAGCACACAGUUAGAUAUACUUCAUCCCAUUGAUAUAAGUGGGUUUACGUAUACCUAUCCCUGGAUUGAAUUGUGAAUCUUGAGGUAAUAAUAGAGAGCUGUCCAGAAAACAAAACACCUUUGUGUCCCUGAUCUGGUUUUAUUUUCUGGACCGUAAAGGCAAAUAAUAAAGCAAAAUGCUGAUUCUACAUCUUACGCCAGCUCAAAGCAAGGGCACCCUGAAAAAAAUAAAAGUUCAGACCCCAAAUGUCCUGUAUCUUAUGUACAAAAAAAAAAAGAAGAAAAAAAACCCCAGGAAAAAUACAAUUUUUUUUCUAUCAGACAGCGGAGCACCCCUUUGCUUCCCAUGCAACUUUAAGAAGGUUUCCUAUAUUAUACAUAUAUAUACAUUCUGAUUGGCAAGUCCAGCUAAUCAGAGAAAGUCUCUGCAUGUUCUAGUGUUAGUAACUAAUUUUUAUAUAGUUAAUGUAGGGUAAAGUAGAGUGCAUUAAGACACAAUAUUGUAAUCCCUAAUCCAGGCACUUGCCUUUAAACUAUGUUUGUUCGGCCCUUCAGAAGGGUUUCUACUACUGUCCUAUACAAUCAAGUAAACUGAAUUUCUUGGGAAGACACUUUGCUCCUCAUCUUUUCCCUGAAACUAAUUUUUUUUGUUUUGUUUUCUUGAUUUGCACGAAACAAAAAAAAAAUUCCAUAUCAAUGUGCCUUGCCCUGGAUAGCGAUUAUUUGUGGAAUUGUUGCACAUGUUCCUAUAUUGAAAGGGUUUUUUUCCCUAGUCAACAUUUGGAGACACUUUUUUGUAAGUGUGACUUUUAUGUCAGCCAUUGUCAGUUUCAGCAUCUUAGAAUUCAGUAGAAUGUUAGUCGUUUCCACAGAUAGGGGUAGUGUUUUCUUGUCCUGUACGGUCAGUGGCAGUGCUAUUCUGAGAUCUGUAGAUGCUAGAUUAUCAGUAUUUUUGGAUGUUGCUGCAUUUUACAUUUUAUUUGGAGUCUUCCUUUUGUUUUUUCCCAGAUAUAUGAAAAUAUGCAAUACCUGCUUAUGUCAUAUAGAAGAAAAGCUUAGCAAUUCUUAAUUUUUCUUUGACUUUUUUUUUUAUUUGACCAAAGUCAGUGCUGCACUUGACGCAGUGUGUUUUAGGUGUUUGUACUUUUUUUUUUUUGGUGAUUUUUGAAUGCACAUGCAGGAAGGGCUCUUCUUAGAGAAGCAGUCAAACUGUGAAGCACUAAGCUGAACCCUGCUUCAAGCAAGUUUUGUUUUACAACUGUUCCUUUCACAAGCAAGCCUUAAAAAAAACCCUCCCUUUUUCUUCAGCUCCCACACCCAUUUUUAUUAGCAGAUUGCAAUCAAUCCACAUUCAAUAAAAGUAUAUAAUGCCCAUUUUUAUAUGCACGUUUUUAAAACUUCCAAGUUCUAAAAAUUGUUUACUGGUUAUACUCUAUUUAAGGAAAAAUGUUUUGGAUUUUCAUAUAUGUCAGAUAAGUGGUUGAGUAGUCAUUUGCUCUGUUGUAUUGUGUGAUUGUUAGUAUUAUGGUAUCACAUCCACUAGCCAGCAUCCUUUGCCUUCCCUAUAGCACUUAGCAGGGCAUUACUUUAUUAAGACAUAUGUGCACUAAAAAAUAAAAAAUAAAAAAAUUAGCAGCUUUCAGUGCUUCACAGUGAAGGGAAAAAAGCCUAGACAAACAUUUUGUCAGAACCUUGCUAUAAGCCAAGGUAUUACCAGUAAAUUGGUUGUAUAUACAACAAAAUUGCACCCUUUUUUAAAAAAACAAACUAAGCAAUAGUUUGGGCAGUUAGUUGUUUUUAGUGAGCAUGUCGUAGCCAUGGCCGCAAAGAGACAGAAUCAAAGCUGCCCACUCAGAAGCGAUGUAAUUUGUAUGUUGUAUAGUUUUAUUGAUUACACUGAUUUAUUCUACCCUAUUUUAUAAUGCAGGACUUUUGUAAUGUUGUUUAAAUGAGGAAAGAUUUCUGUCAAAUUAGCUUAGUGGAAUUUCUGAUUGUUCGUUAUAAAGGCAGCAUUCAUAGAAUUGCUUUUUUUCCCUUUGGGAACUGGAUUUAAGUUAAAAACUUUCCUGUUUCCUUUUUGUAUGUAUUUAAAUACAGUUAUUUUUUUCUUUUCUCAAUAGUAUAGCAUAUUCCUAUGCUUGAGAAGUAUAGGCUACUGAAGAACCAUUGUAAAUGGACAUUACAGAUAUGCUGUAUUUUUGAAGGUGUUUUAUCGUAUUAAGUUUGAAGAUGGUUCAGUUAGGAAUUCUGAUCGGAAUUGCAUAAAACAAAUUGUUUUCAAGGCUUUAAACAUUAGGUAGGCGGUCAAGGGUGUUUACCAACUGGGAUUGUAAAGUAUUAAAGACACUAAAUAAAAUUUUGGUUCCUCUUACUAUCAUGCAGAAACACAGCAGUUCAGAUCUGUUCAGGUGUGGAGAACAAACAGUGUUUUAUUCCUCAAAGUAGAACAGAGAACGGAGAUCUUAAGGGAAACAGCUGCAUGGGGUGUGCAAUCUACAAUAGAAAAAUAAGCUUUGGGUCACACUUCAGAAUCAGAUUCACAUUUGUGUUGCCCAUUUUGAAACUGCUUUUUAUUCUUUGUGGGAAAAAAACUUCUUUGUGAUCCUUUCUCUGAAAAUCACCAGACGCACAAACACCAACUUUUGCCUCCUUCUUCCACCUCAUCCACAAUAAAAAUGACAGUAUGUCUCCAUAAAUUGACUUUACUAUUAAAUAUUUAUUCUUUUAUCCCUUUUUAAAAAUUGGACAUUAGCUGUUGUCAUUCUGCACACCUCUGUAACACUAUUUAUUCACUGUAUUUUAUAUAUUUUUUAAAAAAAAUGAGCUAAAAUCAGCCAUGAGUAUACCUUGUUUGUACUGUGAUCUCGGCCCCUUCUCUUAAGAAAGUAAAGGAAUAGGACCUUUUCAGCUCCACAGUAUUCAGUCAGCCCACAGGAAUAUGCAAAAUCCCUCUACCUAGUUUUCUUUCACUAUUUCCUUUUUGUUCCUUAUCCUUUGCAGCUUUGUAGUAACAGUGUUAACAUUUACCAUACACACACACACACACAAAAGACAAAAAACCCAAAUACAUGACAUGAAACAGUUUUUCCCUUGUGAUUUUUUUAAAAGAAUGUCAAUACUAUAGUUUGCAUUGUGUCUCUAGAAAUAUCUUUUUUAUUAUUUUCCUUUGGUAGAAGGCCUCCAUAGAACAAACAUUGCAAACCACAACCAGUGUGAAAAUGUAAGGAGAGCUUCAAUGGCACCUAAACAAAACUCAUCUUUCAUGAGAUCUAUUGGGGGAGGUCUCAUGAAGUGAACUCUGCCUACCAGGCAAGGUUUCCAUUAAAUCAAACUUACAAAGCCAAUUUUGUCUUGAAGUCAAUGCAUGUAUUACUGUUUGACAGUAAAACCCGGCUAUGCCACCAUCAAGUCCAAGGCUGUGCAAUAGUCUAAUUAGUAUCGAGUACAUUUUCCUUUUAUUUUUUCCAAUAAAAAAGCAGUGGGAUGAAAAUUGCUUUGAUAUAUAGCAGGUAACAUUGAAGCUAUUCCAUAGCACUUAACUGUAGUGAAUACUGUGUCACCAAUUCUGAAAUCAAUUUAAUGUUUAAUGCAAAUCCAUUACAUGGUGCUAUUACAGGCUGGCAAAAUGAUUUACAAAAAUGUGACAACUUGGGCUCAAUUCACUCUGCUUUCCAACAAUGUAAAUGCAUAGCAGUGUUUAUCUGCAUGAGAACUAUGCACUAAUAUAAAUCUGAAAAAAGAAAGAAAGAAAUAUAUCAACUUUGGUAUCUAGUUUCCGUUUACUUCAAUCUUUUGCCUUUUUGGUCAUUAUUAUAAAUGCCAGCUUUAGGACAGAAAGAAAUAUAAGAAAACCAGCAUAAUACCUGAUAUAUUAAAAAUGUAGUGCCUGUGAAAUCUGUAUUAUAUUGCUCUUCUGAAGUAAGAUUUUUCUACACCAGUAGCCUUCGCUGUCUGUCAGAACCUUCUGAUAUAGGUGAUGUAAAAUAACCGUACAAUAUUAAUGCAUGCUAUUCCAUAAUGCUUAGUGAGCUGUAUGAAUAUUACUCAGAGUUAUGUUAGUCUUUUUUCUGACUUGGUUCUUGUCAGAUAGGUUUAAAGAUAUUUCACUGAGAACACAAAUUCUGUUUUUUUCUUGAUUUUGGGUGUUUUCAGUAUUUUGGAGAUAAUACAUUUACUUAAAAUUCAGUAUUACUUGUGUUGGGGGGGCAUUCUUUAUCUUGAGGGCAGGCAUGAGGUUUGAAAUCAGAAAUCCAUGUGUGGCGGUAUUUUUGCUUACAAGCUUCCAUAACAACUCUAGGAGCUCAGUCUGAAAGAACGAUAAGACAUAUUUCUAUUAAGGGACAAUUCUCUAACUUUGAACUGACAUUGAAAAUGUUUUUAAUGGGCAGUGUUUAAACCAGGUACCCAUGCUUGGCCCUUUUUCACACCAGACCUCCUCAUAGUAAAACAACCUUUUAAGAACCUUUAAAAACCCAACCUCAUGUGGCUGUUUAUUUUCAUGCACCAUUGCAAUUUUCUCCAUAAGAAAACUCUGUAUAAACUUUGGGCCCGAUUCAUGAAUGGUCACUAGGCAUUAACAUAGGCUUUGGGUUUGUUUUUAAAUUCAAAUUUGAGCUCUCUUCUCCCCCCCUCCCCCCCCCCCACUUCAGCAUGUUAAUGUUAUAAGGAAUCCACCUGCUUUCAUUUCAACCAAGGGACUUCAUGGAAGCAAAGCAAGACUUGUUCCAUACCUACAAUAUCUAGAUCACCUGAAAUGAGGAAGGAAAAAGGAAAUGGGGAGUAAUAUUUUGAUGAACUCACCCCCAUUCUGCCUUUUCACAGAUGAGACAUUUUACUGUGCUGUUGAGCAAAUUAUAAUUCCCUUGAUCAUACCAAAAUCUGGAGAUUUUCAUAUCAUUUCAAACUUCCUUUCAGGAUCUUUCCUUGAGCAAAGAGCACUUGCAAUUAAAGAUUUCACUAGGCAUUUCUAUAUAGCCAUCCCUCAAAUCAGUGGUUUUUUUUCAAGCUAGAAAUGAAAUCUGAAAUAGUCAUAAUCCCAAGGACAGGACUAGCAUGUAUGCAAAAGUUGAAAAGGUUUAGCAAUCCAGAAAACUGAUCUUAAUGUAGUCUUAGAGAGCACACAUUGAAUAAAGCAAUGUGGCUGGGUAAAUAGGAUCCCAUUUAGACCUUCUCUUUGGUUGCUGCUGUAGGAAGGCAGGAAAUUGUAGUUUUGCAGUUAUUUUGCAGAUCUGCAAAAUAUGUUAGUAGGAACACUCAGCUAAUAAGAAAUACCCAUGAUGCACCUGCUGUUGGCUUGUUUGCACAAUUAGGCAUUCACCAGCUCACAUGCUCAUUUCUAGCAGUCAUGUACUUUGAUUUUAAUUUUCAAUUUGGUGUUGCAAUGCACUUCCAAUGGACGUGAAAAAUCUGCUGAAAAAUCACUGAACCCUGUGUUAAUAACCCUGUGUCUCUACCUUUCUUUAUGAAUCGGGCCCCUUGUGCCUCUAGAAUCUUUGUAAUGACUCUCAUAGUCAUCAUUUUCGUUUUACUGUGUUCUGUGAAAAUUUGCAAUUGGUUGAGAAUCACUGUGGGCAUCCAUUUUUUUCAACUAAAUCUCUGCAGGUUUUUUGAGCUGGUGUGGAUUAGUUUAACUCUUGUAUCCAACCAUUAGUGCUACCACCCUCUCACAUUACAAUACGAUUACUGGAAGCAAGUACUGCAUUUCCUAUGCAACAAAAAAGGAAAAUAAAAAAUUGCUAAUGCUAA